GGACCGUCGAGCUUAUAUCUGAAGAUUAUUUGCAGCGCAAUGCCUCUAGACACGAUAUACAUUUCUCGACACGGAUUUCGACUUAGCUGGGUGACGAACGAUUGGAGGAGCGAGACAGGACUAGAAAGGGACCCCCCCCUGGCUGCAUAUGGUGUUACACAAGCUAAGCAAUUAGCAGCUUGGAUUGCUUCUUUCCCUGAAGAAAAGAAGCCCACUGCCAUAUUCUGCUCACCGUUUUAUCGGACUUUGCAGACAGCAACACCUAUCGCGGAGUCAUUGGGGAUACCGAUUUACGUCGAGCAUGCACUCAUCCCCGAGGUUUAUCUAGGCAUCGCAGAAUGGUACUCUCCAGCGGCACCGGGAACCGGUCUCCAUCCUCGCCCAGGAACGGCCGCCUCGCUGAGACAAUACUUCCCUCUAAUUGAUACUCGCUGGAGAUCAACAUGGUUCCCUAGCCGGAAAGGCGAGAACGUGAGGGAAGUGCAUGACAGGACUGCAGACUUUCUCCGUGCAUUUUUCAAAAGACUUGAUUAUUCCCCGUCGUCCUCUGGCAACGACCAAGGGGGAACAGAAAGUGAUGCUGGAUUUGCGGACCAUAGGCGCAUAUUGUUCAUGGGACACGCAGCGACCGUUAUCACACUCGUCAGGGAACUCGUCGGAAAUAGGGACCUCCCUAUCCGCGUGGGGUGUUGCUCGCUUAGCACGCUCGUCCCAAGGCCGACAGUUGAUGGAACAGUAAUGCCAUCACCUAACAAAUCUAAUGAAACACCAAGGCUUGGGGAAUGGGAGGUGGUCGUAAAGACAGAUGCACAUUUCCUGGACGGAGGUGUUGAAAGAGACUGGGGCUUUGAAGACAUCGAGGUUGAUCAGGGGGAGGUUGUGGAUGAUGUUGGAUCACGGGACACCAUUGGAGAAGAGGAAGGGCCCUCGAGCUUCGGGCUUCAGGUUUCGCUUCCCGAUGGCACUGCAUCUGCGAAUUCAUCUAGGCUGUAA